AUGAAAUUUUCAACCAUUGCAACUUUUACUUCUUUUGCUUUAGUUACACAAGCUUCCAUUGUACCAGUUUAUGACUACCAACAAGAAAAUGGAGUAUUAACAGGUCAAUCAUAUAACGACUUAUUAAACAUUUUGGGCAUUGACUCAACAUCAGCUAAUGAAUUAGGUUUAUUCGAAGGUGAAAAGAUUUCCACCGUUGUUGAGAAAUUAAAUGAUCUUGCAAACGCUCAUGAAUCAAACAAUGACAAGAGAGAUUUAGGUGCUAUUCUUGAACUUAUUAAAAUUAAAAAAGAAUUAAUUUUAGAAGCUAUCAGUGCCUUAUUAACUGGUAAAAUCAUUGCUGAUAAAUCUGGAUACUUAAAUCUUUUAGAUAUUUUACAAAUCAACAAAACUGAAGCUAUUGAAUUAGGAUUAACUGAAGGUAAAGGUACUUUUGACUUAGUUAAACAAUUGGGAGAUAUUUUACAAACUGAAAUCAGUUUAGGAUUUUCAUAUGGUAAAAGAGACUUGGGUGCUGUUCUUGAACUCAUCAAAAUCAAAAAGGAAUUAAUUUUAGAAGCUAUUAGUGCUUUAUUAACUGGUAAAAUCACUGCUGAUAAAUCUGGUUACUUAAAUCUUUUAGAUAUUUUACAAAUCAACAAAACUGAAGCUAUUGAAUUAGGAUUAACUGAAGGUAAAGGUACUUUUGACUUAGUUAAACAAUUAGGUGACAUUUUACAAACUGAAAUCAGUUUAGGAUUUUCAUACGGUAAAAGAGACUUAGGUGCUGUUCUUGAACUCAUUAAAAUCAAAAAAGAAUUAAUUUUAGAAGCUAUCAGUGCUUUAUUAACUGGUAAAAUUACAGCUGACAAAUCUGGAUACUUAAAUCUUUUAGAUAUUUUACAAAUUAACAAAACUGAAGCUAUUGAAUUAGGAUUAACUGAAGGUAAAGGUACUUUUGACUUAGUUAAACAAUUAGGUGACAUUUUACAAACUGAAAUCAGUUUAGGAUUUUCAUACGGUAAAAGAGACUUAGGUGCUGUUCUUGAACUCAUUAAAAUCAAAAAAGAAUUAAUUUUAGAAGCUAUCAGUGCUUUAUUAACUGGUAAAAUUACAGCUGACAAAUCUGGAUACUUAAAUCUUUUAGAUAUUUUACAAAUUAACAAAACUGAAGCUAUUGAAUUAGGAUUAACUGAAGGUAAAGGUACUUUUGACUUAGUUAAACAAUUAGGAGAUAUUUUACAAACUGAAAUUAGCUUAGGAUUUUCAUACAGCAAAAGAGACUUAGGUGCUAUUCUUGAACUCAUUAAAAUCAAAAAGGAAUUAAUUUUAGAAGCUAUCAGUGCAUUGUUAACUGGUAAAAUUACUGCUGACAAAUCUGGAUACUUAAAUCUUUUAGACAUUUUACAAAUCAACAAAACUGAAGCUAUUGAAUUAGGAUUAACUGAAGGUAAAGGUACUUUUGACUUAGUCAAACAAUUAGGUGAUAUCUUACAAACUGAAAUUAGUUUAGGAUUUUCAUACAGCAAAAGAGACUUAGGUGCUAUUCUUGAACUCAUUAAAAUCAAAAAAGAAUUAAUUUUAGAAGCUAUUAGUGCAUUAUUAACUGGUAAAAUUACUGCUGACAAAUCUGGAUACUUAAACCUUUUAGAUAUAUUACAAAUUAAUAAAACUGAAGCUAUUGAAUUAGGAUUAACUGAAGGUAAAGGUACAUUCGAUUUAGUUAAACAAUUAGGAGAUAUUUUACAAACUGAAAUCAGCUUAGGAUUUUCAUAUGGUAAAGAUAAAAGAGACUUAGGUGCUAUUCUUGAACUUAUCAAAAUCAAGAAAGAAUUAAUUUUAGAAGCUAUUAGUGCAUUAUUAACUGGUAAAAUUACAGCUGAUAAAUCAGGAUACUUGAACCUUUUAGAUAUUUUACAAAUCAACAAAACUGAAGCUAUUGAAUUAGGAUUAACUGAAGGUGAAGGUACUUUCGAUUUGGUCAAACAAUUAGGCGAUAUCUUAAAAACUGAAAUUAGUUUAGGAUUUUCAUUCUAG